AUGUUGGAAGCGUUUGAAAUCUUGACAGCCUCGGGCGUCGUGCUCUGGUCCAAGUCCUACGCUCCAGUGGGCGCACAUAUCAUCAACAGCCUCAUCAACGAUGUCUUUAUUGAGGAGAAAGUGGUGCCCCAGAGUCCGGCAGCUGGAGUCUCACCGGCUUACAAGAAAGAGAAAUACACACUGAAGUGGAAGAGAGUUAAGGAGUUCGAUUUGAUCUUCGUGGCCGUCUACCAAUCGCUGCUACACCUUGGCUGGAUCGACAAACUUCUCGAGAAUAUUUCGACGAUCUUCAUCGACCUUUACAAGGACCAGGUUCGGGGGAAUCGCGCGAGAAUUCAGACCUAUCGGUUUGACCAAUACUUUGAGCAACAAGUUCGGGAGCUUGAGGACAGCCGUGGUAGUUUUGUGGAGGAAUAUGUGCCAGAGACGGGCGAGAAGAAAGACCCACUUGUUUCAUCGGACAAUGGAGGCCCUCCACCGCCAUCGGCGCCUGGCCUGGUGAAAGCGCAGCCAAGAGCUGCGCUAGGCGGGGCGACCUCGGACGAGGGUACGCCACCAUCUACACCAGAUAUUUCUAGAACUUCCACUCCCCAAGGCCAUCUUCUGACUGCGAAAGCCGGACCGGGAGGUCGCGGUUCCCGCCGUGCCCGCAAGGCUGCUAAUUCGAGCGCCAACGCAUCAUCCGGUGAUGAGGCCCGGAAGGGGAAGCCCGUUAAGACUCCCGCCAAGAAAAUGCGCAAAUGGGAUGCUAGUGGGAUGGCAGAUGAGGAUGACGGAGAGAUACUCGACUAUUCUGCCCCCGCAGAGGGUGAUGCGGCCGUACCGGCAGUCGAGGCGGUCUCUGCGGAGGAUUGGGGUCGCCGAACCGGCAAGGGCGAGUUUGUGCUCAAGGAGCUAGGCGAGGAAGUUCAGUCAAUCUUGGACCAUGCUGAUGCGGAGAAGUCCAAGAGUACUGCCUCGUCUGGUGUUGUUGGGUCUGGAUUCAACGCCAUUGGUGGCUUCUUCCGCAACGUUGUUGGUGGCAAGGUUCUGACCGAAUCCGAUCUUCAGAAGCCUCUCAAGGCGAUGGAAGAACACCUGUUGAAGAAGAACGUGGCCCGCGAGGCUGCUGUCCGUCUCUGCGAAGGAGUCCAGCGUGAGCUGGUUGGAAAGAAAACCGGCAACUUCCAGAGUAUUGACGCUGCUUUGCGUGUGGCCAUGGAAUCCUCGCUGCGCAAGAUUCUCACGCCGACUUCCUCUUUGGAUCUGUUGCGCGAGAUCAACGCUGUGGUCUCUCCUACUACCAACCAGCAGACGCCUCGCCCAUAUGUCAUGUCUAUCGUCGGUGUCAACGGUGUCGGAAAGUCGACCAAUCUGAGCAAGAUCUGCUACUUUUUGCUGCAGAACAAGUACCGUGUUCUCAUUGCCGCCUGCGAUACUUUCCGUUCCGGUGCCGUGGAGCAACUCCGCGUGCACGCUGAUCGAUUGAAGGAAUUGAGCGUUCGUGAGAAUGCAGGCGACGUGGAGAUUUACCAGAAGGGCUACGGCAAGGAUGCAGCCAACGUCGCCAAGGAUGCUGUUGACUACGCCGCGGCUAACAAGUUCGAUGUUGUCUUGAUCGACACUGCCGGCCGCCGCCACAACGACCAGCGGCUGAUGUCUUCACUGGAGAAGUUCGCCAAGUUUGCUAACCCAGACAAGAUCUUCAUGGUUGGUGAGGCUCUGGUUGGCACAGACAGUGUCAUGCAGGCCCGUAACUUCAACCAAGCCUUUGGCACCGGCCGGAACUUGGACGGUUUCAUCAUCAGUAAAUGUGACACUGUUGGCGACAUGGUGGGAACUUUGGUUAGCAUGGUGCAUGCUACGGGUAUUCCUAUUGUUUUCCUGGGUGUUGGACAACAUUACGGGGAUCUGCGUGGACUCAGUGUUCCUUGGGCUGUUGAUUUGCUGAUGAAGUAG